CCUGGCCUCGGGGUACACCCCCGUGUCCGUGUGGUGCAGCCCGGUGAGGCGCGAGUGGGGCGAGGGUUCCCAGACAGGGCAGAACUCUGUGGACUUGCAUCCAGGGUCUGAUCUCGGAGGUUCCCAGGAUGCCUGGUCCGGGGAAGUCCCGGCAAGACUUCACGCGAUGGAAGAAGAAGAAGCAGCCUGUGCGCCGAACGGUCAGCCAGAUCUGCCCGCCGCCCCGACGGCCGCUGACGGUGGCGGACAUCCGCCCGGGCAUGGAGAACCAGAGGCUGGGGGUCGUGCGUGACUCCAUGUUUCAGAACCCGCUCAUCGUCAAGGCAGAGCUCGGCAAGCCCCGGGAGAGAAGCUGCAGCCUGCCUGGCAUCAACUUCAAUUAUGGACUCUACAUCCGGGGGCUAGAUGGAGGAGUCCCUGAAGCCAUUGGACAUUGGAAUGUGUUUAAGCAGCAACCCACCUGCCCCCACGAGCUGACCCGGAACUAUAUUGCCAUGAACCGAGGGGCUGUCAAAGCUGGCUUGGUGACUGCCAGGGAAAAUAUGCUCUAUCGUGAACUUAAUGACAUCCGAAUCAACGACCAGGAAGACCGACGACAGAAAGAGCCACCCUCUGCCCCUCCCAAUGUGACCUUUGGGAUCCGUUCACGGCCAUCCACACCCUUCUUUGACCUUUUACAACAUCGGUACCAGCAGCUGUGGGUACAGGAACAGAAGGCCACUCAGCAAGCCAUCAAACUGGAGAAGAAACAGAAGGUGAUCCUGGGAAAGCUGUAUGAGACAAGGAGCAGUCAGUUGAGGAAGUACAAGCCGCCCGUGAAGUUGGAUGCUCUCUGGCACAUGCCUCACUUCCAGAAGGUGGGGCCCCAUCUUGCUACAUUCCCCACUGAGGCUGAUCGACAGCAAGCUCUUAAGGCCCACCAGGAAGAGUACGCUGUGCGCCAGGGCACCCUGAGGAUGGGCAACUAUACUCACCCUUAACCCUGCCCCACAGAGGGAGCCUUCUUGAUGCAGUAGAAAAAUCCCCAAAGAAUUCAUAUUUUACUCCCAAACCCCAGGAAGACACUCCCACAUUUUGACACAGCUCUUUCCCACAGGGACCUCAGAUUCUUAGGCUACUUAUUUUUUAUAAGAACCCAAGCCCCGCUUCUGUCUUGUCUUAGCCCCAAUUUCCCUCUGCCUAGGGAGCCACCAUCCUCCUCACUCCCCUCCACUUCUUCCUUUCCUCUUUCCCCUCUCUCUCUUCCGUGUCUCCUUCCAUCUUCGCCUCCUCGUCCUUUUCCAGGAGACCCCCUCUGCCUCUUUGCAAGCCUUACUUUACAAGAUAAACCAAAAUUACAAGGAAGUAUUAAAAUAAAUCGAUCAAUCCAGGCUAUGAGUCAAUUUCACAGCCCUGUCUAGCAGGCACCAAGAAGGACCUGUGUGUUUCCUACAGAAAGUGGAACCCCGCAGGCUUUGAAAGCCCUCAUUUCAUAUUCCAAACAUGACUCUUAAUUGCCCUUCUGGGGAUGUCUGGGGUCUCGACAUGGAGGGAUUCUCUCUCUGGGACCCCUGACAGCAGGAAGAGCCUGCGGUUCAUUACUCAGGGCCGGCCCCGCCCUCAGUGUUGUGGACCUGUCAAUCACACAGACCAGCAUGGUCUUAAGACUACCUGGAUGUUGCUCAUCCCU